GUGGAAAUCUAAACAACUGACAUUUUGGUGCAAAUGCGUUUUUGUCUUAUUGUUUUCUUAUCGAACAAAAAAAUAACACACAUUCUGGAUGAGCUGUAUCUUGAUUGCUCAAGUUCCAAAAAUAGCCAUUUUUAAGUUUCCGCUGGAAAACUACCUUCAUAGUAAGACUACACAGUAGAAAGAAAAGUACAUAAUCGAUAAAAAAAAAACUGUAACGAAUGGACCUCAAAUAAAUCUAGGCAAAUUAAUUACCAUUCGUAAGUUUUCAGUGCAGCUUUUUACAAUGUCAUUAACCAGUGCAGCUGGGUUAGUAAUAUUUCGCUAUACAAAUAAAGUAAUACAAUUUCUCCUAUUACAAACUUCAUAUGGCCAACAUCAUUGGACUCCACCGAAGGGUCAUGUUGAUCCUGGUGAAUCCAAUUGGGUAACAGCUUUAAGAGAAACUAAGGAAGAAGCUGGAUAUGCAGAGAACGAUUUAGAAAUCUAUAAAGAGGUAUCUUACACACUUAACUAUCAAGUUAAUCAAAAACCUAAAUGUGUUAUAUACUGGUUAGCUAAGCUGAAAAACCCAGAUCAAAGUGUGACAUUGUCUGAUGAACAUCAGGACUACAAGUGGCUGCCAUUACAACAGGCCCAGGAGUUAUCGGGAUUUGAUGACAUGAAACUCUUGCUUGCAGACUUUCAUGAAAAAGCAAUCAAGCUUGUGUAAAAUAAAAUAAACAAUAAUCAUUAUGUUAAUGUUAAUGUAAUUAAACAAUAAAAUAUUUUUUUUUU